AUGCAUUUCACCACUGCCGUUAUCGCCUCGGUUGCCGCCCUGGCUCCUCUGGUUAGCGCUGUCGGCCAAGCCCGCGUGGUGAACCACUGCGACUUCCCCGUCUACCUGUGGUCCGUUGGCGGCUCUGUUGGCCCGGAGGUCACCAUCCAGCCCAAGGGCACGUACACAGAGCAGUUGCACCACGAUCCCGCCUCCGGUGGCAUCGCGUUGAAGAUUACCACCGGCGAGAACGGUCUGUAUGACGGUAGUGCCCAGACCGACUUCGCCUACACCCUGGACGGCAACACCGUCUGGUACGACUUGUCCGAUGUCUUCGGUGAUGCCUUCUCCGGCCACGCCCUGAACGUCGUUCCCUCCGACACUACCUGUCCCCACAUCUGUUGGGGUAACGGUGUCUCUCCCAGUGGAAGCCAGACCAGGGACUGCCAGGCCAACUCGGACAUUUCUCUGAACCUGUGCGCCGCCAAGUGCUAG